AAUUCCACAAGAGAAAAAGAAGAACCCAAGAUCGACUCUUACUACGAAUCUCUCUCAACUUUCUUCCUCAGCUUACGGAAACUUCCACAAGAACCCAUAUCAAAAAGAUUCUUCCUACAUAUAUUUACAUGGAUCAGUACUCAUCCUCUUUGGUCGAUACUUCAUUAGAUCUCACUAUCGGCGUUACUCGUAUGCGAGUUGAAGAAGAUCCACCGACAAGUGCUUUGGUGGAAGAAUUAAAGCGAGUGAGUGCUGAGAACAAGAAGCUCUCGGAGAUGCUAACUUUGAUGUAUGACAACUACAACGUCUUGAGGAAGCAACUAAUGGAAUAUGUUAACAAGAGCAACAUAACCGAGAGAGAUCAAAUCAGCCCUCCCAAGAAACGAAAAUCUCCGGCGAGAGAGGACGCAUUCAGCUCGGCGGUUAUUGGUGGAGUGUCGGAGAGUAGCUCAACGGAUCAAGAUGAGUAUUUGUGUAAGAAGCAGAGAGAAGAGACUGUUGUGAAGGAGAAAGUCUCAAGGGUCUAUUACAAGACCGAAGCUUCUGACACUACCCUUGUUGUGAAAGAUGGGUAUCAAUGGAGGAAAUAUGGACAGAAGGUGACUAGAGACAAUCCAUCUCCAAGAGCUUACUUCAAAUGUGCUUGUGCUCCAAGCUGUUCUGUCAAAAAGAAGGUUCAGAGAAGUGUGGAGGAUCAGUCCGUGUUGGUUGCGACUUAUGAGGGUGAACAUAACCAUCCAAUGCCAUCGCAGAUCGAUUCAAACAAUGGCUUAAACCGCUACAUCUCUCAUGGUGGUUCAGCUUCAACACCCGCAGCAGCCAACAGAAGAAAUAGUUUGACUGAGCCAUUGACUACCGUAGAUUUGACUGAAUCAAAGAAAGUGACGAGCCCAACAUCAAGAAUCGAUUUUCCCGAAGUUCAGAAACUUUUGGUGGAGCAAAUGGCUUCUUCCUUGACCAAAGAUCCUAACUUUACAGCAGCUUUAGCAGCAGCUGUUACCGGAAAAUUAUAUCAACAGAAUCAUAACGAGAAAUAGUUUAGUUUCAAAUUCCGUUAGUGUUUUUAGAUUGAAAUUUGUCAUGAGUAAGAGAAAGAGAGUAGAUUAUAAUCCAUUGUGAUACUGAAAAUGUAACAUGUAAUCGUUUUCAUACAAUCUCCAAUACAUUCGGCUUAGAAAA